AUGGAAGGCUCGACUGCAUUUCGCCCCGUAUAUGGGCAAGUUGCGGAGCGGCGUCUCAUACUUGGCUGUCAAACACUCUUCCUCACCGCCGGCGCUCCACCCUACAAAAUCAACAAGAGCCUAAAGGUAUCCAGUCUCUCCGAAUCGCGGAAGUUCUUCGCCAAAGCCGACUUUUUCCGACCAAAACUACGCAAUGUUGUUGUCGAGAUGAAACCAAGAACAAACGGUACGAUGGGAAAUAUCAGGGAUCUCCUUAACCAGCGGCCAGAUCCCAGCACCUUUCCCCAGUCCACCAUGUACUUCGACAGCCGGGAAGCGACGUCAAACGCUUGA